GUUUUUGCGGCAGACAUAAGUGACAUGAUUUAAAAAGUGACUCAUAUUCCGACUAAAUCAGUUACUAUUUUAUCGAUUUUAUCCAUCCGUUCACCGCUGCCGAAAACCAUGAGGCAUAUCCUUUUCUUUUUAUCAGUACUAAUCAGCCAAAGUUUAUUUUCGGUUGCGCAAACUUACAAAUGCACUAUCGAAGCCACAUCAACGGGAGACGAACACUGUGUUUUUCGGAAUGUGCAAUUAUCCAGCAAUACUACCAAUGUCAGUUUCGAAUUGCCAACGUCAGGAAUACCAUCACGCGUGACUUUUAAAAAUUCUUCCUUGGUACAUAUUCCUGCUGAUUUUAUACAAAAAUUUGGCGAUACGCUUAAAGUUUUAUAUGUCGAAGGAUGUAUGCUGCGUUCCGUAAUAAUAACUAAUAAUUUGGAAGUCCUGCACGCACGAAACAAUUACAUUUCGAGAGUAGUAACUCAGCAUAAUGGAAAUACUCCACUUUUAAGAGACUUAGACCUCAGUGCUAAUCGAUUGAAAGACAUCAGAAAUAUUACUCACUUUAAGAAUCUUGAAAUAUUAAAUUUGAGCAGCAACGAAGAGAUUGCCGCAGAAUCUGUCAUUGAUUUAAAUGCUUUUGCACCUUUCAAAAAUCUCAAGGAACUGUACCUAUCGGAUGUUGGAGCUUUUUAUUUGGAAUAUAAUAAAAAAUUUAAUCUGCCAACUUUACAAACACUGGACCUGUCGAAAAACACUUUACUGCCAUCUGACUUGCGUGUUAACCGUCUGUCGGAACUGGAAGCGUUAGAGGUGCUUAAGUUGAAUGAUAACAACAUGGCCGAACUGGAUUACGGUCAGCUGCCGUAUUUGAAAUCUCUCAGAAGAGUGUACCUCAACGGUAAUAAUUUCUUGUGCGAUAAGCUGCAAACGAUGUUGAAAUUUUUACACGAAAGGAGCAUUACGACACCAGCGGAUACAUAUAGCAGUUGCCAGCCACAUCAGCAACAAGUUGAUGGCAUGUGUUGUACUAAGCCCAUAGUUAUGCCCCCAAGGCCAACUCAGGUUCCAACUCUCCCGACUCACAUCGAUUCAACGGAUAUGGAUAAUACUGACAACCGGGUCGAUAUGGAUAAUACUGACAACCGGGUUGAUGACCAGACGCCUGGUAUUGCCGAUAACAGCAACGAUGGUUUCCCCUGGAUCGCCGUAGCGAUUGCGGUUCCUUUAGCUAUAGUCCUGGCUGGCGUAGGACUUUAUGUGUAUCGAAAACAUGCUAGAACGUAAGAAUAGGUCCUCGUUUUUGUGCCAUGUUUCUACUUGAGAAACAUAAAACUAACAGUAUAAUAUGAAGUUUAUAGAUAAUGCUGAAAGCAUUUAUAUUAUGUACUUUAUAUAAGAAACAAUGUUGCUUCAGAUAAUAUGGAAUCCGCUCAGGGAUCGAAUAAAUAAAUAUAUACCGUGCAAGCACCAUAUUCAAAACAGUGCCUGGGAUGUGGCAGCAUAUUAGAGGAUUUGUUUGUAAUGUGUAAUGUGCGUUAGACAGUCGCCGGUAGCAUGUAACCGGCAUAGAGAGAAAGUGGGAGUCGGUUGACAGUUUCCCGUGUAAAUUAUUGAAGAUAGCUAGUU